GUUCACUCAUGUUUGGAUGCCAUGUGACAAUAUAACCUACAAAAUCAAUUAUUACAUCGAGUGCGAUUGUUUGAUAAGAAUAUAAAAUGAAAAGGAAAAGCGAUUCUUCAGAAGGCUCUACCAAAACAAAGAAAAGCAAAGUUAGUAAAAAAUUAGUUAAACCAGCUAAAAAUACUAAAAGACCGUCUACACAUAAAUCUAAAGACAAGAAAAAAUUAAAAGCACCUCAGUAUGAGAAAUCUAGAUUAAAAAAUGAUGGAUCGUUUAAACAAAAAAAUGCAAAGUUUUCAUCAAAUAGACAACCCAACUUAGACAAAAAAAAGUAUUUAAAAAAGAAUGACAAAAACACUGAUAGUACAGGUGAAAAACCUGACUGGGUGGAAUAUAAGAAACAACAAAAAGAAUUGAGAAAUCAACGAAGAGCAAAAAAGUUAAAUGAUUCAUAUGAAAUAGCACUGCAAUUGAAACAGAUAGGUGAAAAGCUAAGAAGAAGUGAUUUACCUAAAGAAACUCAAGAAAAUUUGACUAAAAAGAUGCAUGGAAUUGCUCAGAAACAUUAUGCUAAAAUGAUAUUUGCUCAUGAUCUGUCUCGAGUGAUUCAAUGGCAAAUAAAGUAUUGUUCUGAAGAUAUUAGGUUUGCAAUAGUUGAAGAACUGAAGCCUCACUUGCAAAAAAUGUUUAGUUCAAUAUAUGCAAAGAAUGUAAUAAAAACACUACUAAAGUGUGGCUCAAGUAAAGUGAAAAAUAUUCUUAUGCAAACAUGUAUGGGAAACGCAGUGAAACUAGUGUCUAAUAAUGUAUCAGCAUCACUGUUUGAAAAAGUUUAUGUUGAAAUUGUAUCAAAGUCUGAGCAAAAUUUGUUCAAACAAGAAUUUUAUGGUGACAUGUUCAAGAAAUCUAAAGACCCUAACAUACAGACAUUGACAGAUGUAUACACCGAUUCAGAAGGAAUGAAAACAGCUACAUUGUCUGCAGUGAAAGCUUGUUUGGUUAAGAUUUUAAAUAAACAACUCAUAAAUUCAACACUUGUCCAUACAUUACUUUAUGAGUAUUUGACAAAUUGUUCUAAAACAGAUAGAGCUGAAAUUAUUGUUAUGGUAAGACCUUUAAUUACAGAACUAUCACAGACUAAAGAUGGGGCAAAAGCUGGCAACUUGUGCAUUUGGCAUGGAACAAAUAAAGAUAGAAAAUUUAUAAUGAAAGCUUUAAAAGAUCAUGUAAAAAGCAUUGUUAUGUCAGAACAUGGACAUUUGAUGAUCAUGGCUCUUUUGGACUCUGUUGAUGAUACUGUGCUCCUGAAGAAAAUUUUACUUCAAGAAAUGCUUAAUAAUCUGGAUGAAAUCGUCGUGAAUGAAUAUGGAAAACGCGUUAUUUUGUAUAUAGUCGCUAGGAGAGACACUCAUUACUUUCAUCCUGCUUUAGUGGAGUAUUUGAAAACAGGAGAUAACAACGAGACCAGUAAGAAACCAGCGGAAAUUCGUGAAAAAGAGCUACUAGACAAUGUUAUCCACACUUUCUUAGAAAGUAUUGCAAAUAAUGCGAACGUUUGGCUGUCAUCUAAUUCUGUUCAAAUGGUAACGUUCGCUAUUUUGAAAGCAAGUCAAGCGAAUAAACCAGAAGCAGCUUUUGAUGCAAUUGCUAAAUUUUUAAUAAAUUCUGAUUCUAAAAUAACAGUGGGAACGAAAACAUUUGAAGCUAUCGAAGAACCUGGACUGCACAUGAUUAUUAAGAAGCUUAUUCGUAUGGAUCCUGAGCGAUUAGAAAGUAAUGGAGUCACCUUUGGUGAAACACUCCAUAAAUAUCUCACUGACGAGAUAUUAAGCCAUUGGAUUAAUAAUAAUAGAGCAUGCUUUUUAUUGGUCUCAUUAAUCGCAAACGAAUCUGAAAAAGUCGUCUCUAAUUUGAAAUUUAGAUUGAAGAAAUUGAAAAAUCUUAAAACAAAUAAAACUAAGGGAGCAACCGUUUUGUUGGAAAAGUUAGAUUAA